AUGAUGGCCAGCUAUCCCGAGCCCGAAGACACGGCGGGGACCCUGCUGGCCCCGGAGAGCGGGCGCGCAGUCAAAGAGGCCGAGGCGUCGCCGCCAAGUCCCGGCAAGGGCGGCGGGACAGCACCGGAGAAGCCGGACCCCGCGCAGAAGCCCCCGUACUCGUACGUGGCGCUCAUCGCCAUGGCGAUCCGCGAGAGCGCCGAGAAGAGGCUCACCCUGUCCGGCAUCUACCAGUACAUCAUCGCCAAGUUCCCGUUCUACGAGAAGAACAAGAAGGGCUGGCAAAAUAGCAUCCGCCACAACCUCAGCCUCAACGAGUGUUUCAUCAAGGUGCCGCGCGAGGGCGGCGGCGAGCGCAAGGGCAACUACUGGACGCUCGACCCGGCCUGCGAGGACAUGUUCGAGAAGGGCAACUACCGGCGCCGCCGCCGCAUGAAGCGGCCCUUCCGGCCGCCGCCCGCUCACUUCCAGCCGGGCAAGGGGCUCUUCGGGAGCGGAGGCGCGGCGGGAGGCUGCGGCGUGCCGGGCGCGGGGGCCGAUGGCUACGGUUACCUGGCGCCACCCAAGUACCUGCAAUCGGGGUUCCUCAACAACUCCUGGCCCCUGCCGCAGCCGCCCUCGCCCAUGCCCUACGCCUCCUGCCAGAUGGCGGCGGCCGCGGCAGCCGCCGCUGCAGCCGCCGCAGCCGCCGGCCCGGGCAGCCCCGGUGCAGCCGCGGUGGUCAAGGGGCUGGCGGGCCCCGCCGCCUCCUACGGGCCGUACUCGCGCGUGCAGAGCAUGGCGCUGCCUCCGGGCGUCGUGAACUCCUACAACGGCCUGGGAGGCCCUCCCGCCGCGCCCCCGCCGCCGCCUCCGCCGCCGCCGCACCCCCACCCGCACCCUCACGCACACCAUCUGCACGCGGCCGCCGCGCCCCCGCCAGCCCCGCCACACCACGGGGCUGCCGCGCCUCCCCCGGGUCAGCUCAGCCCCGCCAGCCCGGCCACCGCCGCGCCCCCGGCCCCCGCGCCCACGAGCGCGCCCGGCCUACAGUUCGCCUGCGCCCGGCAACCCGAGCUCGCCAUGAUGCAUUGCUCGUACUGGGACCACGACAGCAAGACGGGCGCGCUGCAUUCUCGCCUGGAUCUCUGA